AUCACCGCGACAGCGGCCCUUUAAACCCCCCACCCAGCCAGCGCCCCAUCCUGUCUGUCCAAGUUCAGACACGGAGAGCCCAUCCCGCCUGGAGUCCAAGGAGCCCCUCUGUCCCUCGCCAUGGCCAACAAGGGUCCCUCCUACGGCAUGAGCCGCGAAGUGCAGUCCAAGAUCGAGAAGAAGUACGACGAGGAGCUGGAGGAGCGGCUGGUGGAGUGGAUCGUCGUGCAGUGCGGCCCGGACGUGGGGCGCCCGGACCGCGGCCGCCUGGGCUUCCAGGUCUGGCUGAAGAACGGCGUGAUUCUGAGCAAGCUGGUGAACAGCCUGUACCCGGACGGCGCCAAGCCGGUGAAGGUGCCCGAGAACCCCCCGUCCAUGGUCUUCAAGCAGAUGGAGCAGGUGGCUCAGUUCCUGAAGGCGGCCGAGGACUACGGGGUCACCAAGACCGACAUGUUCCAGACCGUUGACCUCUUCGAAGGCAAGGACCUGGCAGCAGUGCAGAGAACGCUGAUGGCUCUGGGCAGCCUGGCGGUGACCAAGAAUGACGGCCACUACCGUGGAGAUCCCAACUGGUUUAUGAAGAAGGCCCAGGAGCACAAGAGGGAGUUCACGGAGAGCCAGCUGCAGGAGGGAAAGCACGUCAUCGGCCUCCAGAUGGGCAGCAACAGGGGCGCCUCGCAGGCCGGCAUGACGGGCUACGGGCGGCCUCGGCAGAUCAUCAGCUAGAGGGGAAGCCGCCCCGCCCCGCCCCGCUCUUCGGCCGCAGCCAGCCCGCCUCGCCCGCCUCACCGGCCCCUGCCAGCUCCGGGGCUGUCACUGAGCACAGGUGACCGCGCUUGGGCAGCUCCCCACCCCUCGGCCUCAGCCCGCCUUCUUACCCCAAAGCACCACCCCCUGCCCCUCCGCCCAGCUCCCCUGCCCUCUCCCACCGUCCCUCCCCAUCCUGGGCCGGGCAGGGGGGACGUGGGCAGGGGGCAGGUCCACUGGCCUCGGCAGCAGACGCCCAUUGAAGGUAAUCCUGCCUAACCUCCCCCCAUUUUUUUUCUGGAAUAUUUUGGGGGUUGAAAUUCAAAAAGGAAACAAAUACAUACAUCAAUCUUUUCUCAGGC